AAACCAUUUUCUGAAAUUCAAGCGGCCUGCGAACAGACUACAUCCACAACCAGAGGUACUGCAAAAUUUUCCCAACCAAAUGGAUUGCCCAUCGAUCCGUGCAUCCUCCCGAGAGUAUAACUGCGCCCAGUAAAUCGUUGCAUGCGACCGUGUGCUAGCUAGCUUCUUCUCGAUUGGUAGCUACGACCUAGCUCGGGACCACUUCUUCCAUGGCGGCGGCUGCAGCUUGCCACGCCAAGCUCUCGUGCCCGACACUUUUGAGCUUGCUCCUGCUGCUCCGGGUGCUCGUCGUGGAGCCGGCGGCCGCCACGUGCUCCGUGGACGCGAUCUACAGCUUCGGCGACUCGAUCGCGGACACGGGCAACCUGCUGCGCGAGGGCCCCGUGGGGUUCUUCGCCUCCAUCGGCAGCUACCCGUACGGCCAGACCAUCCGGAAGCCCACCGGCCGGUGCUCCGACGGCCUCCUCAUCAUCGACUACUUCGCGAUGGCGCUGAAUUUGUCUCUGGUGAGCCCGUACAUGGACAAGGACGCCGACUUCGCCAGCGGCGUCAACUUCGCGGUGGCCGGCGCCACGGCGCUCGGCCGGGCCGUCCUGCUCCAGGGCGGCGUCAUGAUGCCGCCGGCGAGCGUGCCGCUCAGCACCCAGCUCGACUGGUUCAGGUCGCACCUCAACGCCACCUGCGCCUCAGAAGAAGAUUGCGCGAAGAAGCUCGCCGGAGCGCUGUUCUUGGUGGGGGAGAUUGGGGGAAACGACUACAACUACGGCUUCUUCCAGGGGACAAGGUCCAUCGAGGCCAUGAAGACCUACGUGCCUCAGGUCAUCAAGACCAUAAUGGACGUCACCAAGGAGGUGAUUGAGUUAGGAGCGACCCAGAUCAUCAUCCCGGGGAACUUCCCCAUCGGGUGCUCUCCGAGCUACCUAUCCCUCUUCUCCGUGUCCGGCACCGGCGACCUCGACGACAGGGGGUGCCUCAAGAGCUACAACGCCUUCGCCCAGCACCACAACGAGCAACUCCAGACGGCCAUCGAUGACCUGAGGAAGGCCAACACCGAUGUCACCAUCAUCUACGCCGACUACUACGGCGCCUUCAUGCACCUGCUUGAUCAUGCUUCCAUCCUAGGGUUCGAGCAAGACUCACUUCUCCAGGCAUGCUGCGGAGCUGGAGGGGGGUACAACUUUAACAUGAACUUGAUGUGCGGCGCGCCGGGCACGAGCGUGUGCGCGAACCCAGCGCGCCGCGUGAGCUGGGAUGGCAUCCACCUCACCCAGCAAGCAUACAGGGCCAUCGCGCUUUCCCUCCUCAUGGAAGGGUUCGCCCAACCGGCUGAUGCCGUGCAAGAGAUUUGGAGUUGCUAACAGAGAGCGUGCCAUCCGUGCUUGUACCUCCUAGAGUUCCAUUCAGGCUGCUUGUACUUUUGAUAUGUGAAUGUUUUCUCUGAGUCUGGAAUUUGUGUUUGUUUUAUCGAAUACGCAAAAGGAUUGUGUAUCUUUUCA